AAAUUUCUGAGACGAUUUAAAUUAUUCGUUGGCAUGCCAAUUCCUUUGGAUGUUUUUCAAGUUCCAGCCGAUGUAGCUGAAGCUGAAUUAGCCAGUAACAAGGGUUCAACAGUUUUUCAAAAUUUUGUAUACAAUUUACCUAUACCAUUCUCAUUAUUAUUACUUCUAUGCGGAUUUGGUUAUUUGUUAUUGAUUGGUAUAAUUUAUGCAAUUGUAAAAUCAAUAUUAGCGAAUCGUACGCCAAGUGUUAAACGCUCUAUUAAUCAGCUUCAACCUUUUGCUUGUUGCCCAUGUUGUUUAUCAGUUGUUGAUUUGUGUAACUGUUGCAGAGUAACUUCUAUUGAUGCCUGCCUAAAUGGUAUUUGCCCUCAACGUAAAACUCAUGAUUUUACGGACUUGAUACUAUGUCAGAUAUGUCUUGGACGACCUGGUCAAAUGAAAUCGAGUGUACCACUCGUCAAGUGUCCUGUAUGCUGCCGGUCAGCCUAUUGUGAAGAUACCGUUAUAUGUUGCUUCUUAUGUAAUUUUCGAUCGAAAGCUUUACUGCAAGAAGACUAGAAUCAAUACUAUCGUUCUUUAUUAUGGUAAUAUUUAUAUAUUUCUAUCUGAAAACAAAUAAAUCCACAGACA